AUGCCUCACUCGGUAACGUCUAAUGAUUCUGCGCCGCGCGACAAUGGCGACGACGAAAUUCUCCCAGAUGCCCCUGCUCCAGACAAUAACGAAGCAUCAGAACAACAAAAGGACGAUACAAACAUAAAAUUGGAGGAUUUAUUUGCAGACGACGAUGAUGAUGACGAGUUUCCAGCAUCAAGCGCAGCUGAUGUGAAGAUGCGAAGCUCUCCACCCGUGGCACCAAUGCCAGCACCUGUAUCGCAGGGGCCUUCCGGAAUUGAUGCAGAAGUCAUGCUUGCCUUUUAUCAACGCUUGUUCCCAUUCCGACCUAUGUUUCAGUGGCUCAAUCAUGGUGUCGUGCCUUCGCCCGACAUGGUCAAUCGAGAGUUUGCCGUCUUUCUACAAAACGAAGCCGUGCUUCGAUACCAGUCGUUCGCAACUGUAGAUCUAUUUCGUAAGGAAAUUCUACGAUUAAACCCAACUCGUUUUGAAAUUGGACCGGUAUAUAGCACGAACCCUCGUGAUCGCAAAAGUCGACCCGGUACGCAGAUGAAACCAGUCGCGAAAGAACUCGUGUUUGAUAUUGAUAUGACCGAUUACGAUGAUGUGCGUACGUGUUGUUCGAAAGCCAAUAUCUGUCACAAGUGCUGGUCCUUUAUCACCAUGGCAAUCAAGGUUGUCGAUACCGCUUUGCGAGAGGAUUUUGGAUUUGAACAUAUUUUGUGGGUCUACUCCGGUCGACGUGGUGCCCACGCCUGGGUUGGUGAUCACAGAGCAAGAAGUCUCCCUGAUGAUAGGAGAAAGGCGAUUGCAGGAUAUCUAGAACUCGUGAAGGGCAAUGACAAGAGUGGGAAACGAGUGAACUUGAAGCGACCAUUACAUCCACAUGUUGCACGAAGCGUCAAGCUAUUAGAACCACAUUUCAACCAGACAACGCUGAUUGACCAGGAUGUGUUUCUCGGAGAUAAACAAGCGGAACGUCUGCUCGGGUUAUUGCCAGACAAGAAACUAAGCGACGCCCUGCGAAGGAAGUGGGACUCAACUCCAGAUCGCUCGAGUACAAACAAAUGGAACGACAUCGUUACACUAGCCAAAACGAUCAAUGGUAUAGAUGCCCGGGCCCUCAAAGAUGCACGAUACGACAUUGUUCUCGAAUAUACCUACCCGCGACUUGAUGCUGAAGUGUCCAAAAAGAUGAUUCACUUGUUGAAGAGUCCUUUCGUUAUCCACCCUGGUACCGGUCGCGUCUGUGUUCCUAUGGACGGGAGAAAUAUUGAAGAAUUCGAUCCUCUUGCUGUCCCUACAGUGACGGAACUACUUGCUGAGAUCGACGAAUAUGAUAGAGAGAAUCCACCUCCUGCUUCUGAAAACAUAUCGUCCGAUAGGAAGAUGCAGGACUACGAAAAGACAAGACUCAAGCCUUAUGUUGACUACUUCCGCUCGUUUGUUGCCAACCUGAUCAAAGAUGAGCGACCAGUGAAACGGGAGCGUGUCGCCGAAGAGACGACAACUGAUGCGAUGGAGUUCUGA